ACCGUCGUUGAAUUGAUGAAGAAGGAAGGCACUACCCUCGGUCUGACAGUAUCAGGAGGAAUUGAUAAGGAUGGCAAGCCAAGGGUAUCUAAUCUGCGGCAAGGAGGAAUUGCUGCUAGAAGUGACCAGCUGGACGUAGGGGACUACAUCAAAGCAGUGAACGGGAUCAACCUCGCCAAAUUCCGCCAUGAUGAGAUCAUCAGCUUGCUGAAGAACGUCGGGGAAAGAGUGGUUCUUGAAGUGGAGUACGAACUUCCACCAGUUUCCGUACAAGGAUCAAGUGUUAUUUUCCGAACAGUGGAAGUAACAUUACAUAAAGAAGGCAAUACCUUUGGUUUUGUAAUACGAGGGGGAGCACAUGAUGACAGAAAUAAAUCUCGUCCAGUUGUGAUAACAUGUGUUCGUCCUGGAGGGCCUGCUGACAGAGAGGGCACAAUCAAACCUGGCGAUAGGUUGCUCAGUGUGGAUGGAAUUCGGCUUCUUGGAACCACGCACGCUGAAGCCAUGAGUAUUCUUAAACAAUGUGGACAAGAAGCCACGCUGCUGAUAGAAUAUGACGUCUCAGUCAUGGAUUCUGUGGCAACAGCAUCCGGGCCACUACUAGUUGAAGUUGCCAAAACUCCCGGUGCCAGCCUUGGGGUUGCCCUAACUACCUCAAUGUGCUGUAACAAACAGGUCAUUGUCAUAGACAAAAUCAAAUCUGCAAGUAUUGCAGACAGAUGUGGCGCACUGCACGUGGGAGAUCACAUCCUGUCCAUCGACGGAACCAGCAUGGAGUACUGUACCUUAGCGGAAGCAACCCAGUUCCUGGCGAACACCACCGACCAGGUCAAGCUUGAGAUUCUCCCCCACCAUCAGACCCGCCUGGCCCUGAAGGGACCUGACCACGCAGCUCUGGUGUCUUCAUCCUUCUCUCCUACCUCCAUGAGUGCGUACAGCCUGAGUUCCCUGAACAUGGGGACUUUACCUCGAAGCCUCUACUCCACGAGCCCACGUGGAACCAUGAUGAGGAGGAGACUGAAAAAGAAAGACUUCAAGAGCUCACUGUCCUUAGCCUCUAGCACAGUGGGAUUGGCUGGGCAGGUUGUUCACACGGAAACCACAGAGGUUGUGCUGACAGCAGACCCCGUCACAGGAUUUGGGAUUCAGCUUCAAGGCAGUGUGUUUGCCACAGAGACGCUCUCCUCUCCGCCUCUGAUUUCCUAUAUUGAAGCUGACAGCCCAGCAGAGAGAUGUGGGGUGCUCCAGAUUGGAGACAGAGUGAUGGCCAUCAAUGGGAUUCCAACCGAGGACAGCACCUUUGAGGAAGCCAAUCAGCUCCUCCGAGACUCUUCAAUCACGAGCAAGGUCACGCUGGAAAUCGAGUUUGAUGUUGCAGAGUCUGUCAUCCCAAGCAGUGGAACAUUUCAUGUAAAGCUCCCUAAGAAGCACAAUGUGGAACUUGGAAUAACCAUAAGUUUUAAGUGCUCCUCAUUAGUCUUGUGUUGCUAUACAUUUACUAACAGAACUGGAACCCUGGAACUUGGGGAUAAAUUACUUGCAAUAGAUAACAUCCGGCUGGACAACUGUUCCAUGGAAGAUGCAGUUCAGAUCCUCCAGCAAUGUGAAGACCUGGUGAAGCUCAAAAUUCGCAAAGAUGAAGAUAAUUCAGAUGAGCAAGAAAGUUCCGGAGCAAUUAUUUACACCGUGGAGCUUAAACGCUAUGGGGGGCCCCUUGGCAUCACAAUUUCAGGAACUGAAGAGCCGUUUGAUCCUAUAAUCAUUUCAAGCCUCACUAAAGGGGGAUUAGCUGAAAGGACUGGUGCAAUCCACAUAGGAGACCGAAUCCUUGCCAUCAACAGCAGCAGCUUGAAAGGGAAGCCUCUGAGUGAAGCCAUCCAUUUGUUACAGAUGGCAGGAGAGACUGUCACCUUGAAAAUUAAGAAACAGACAGAUGCCCAGUCGGCAUCAAGUCCCAAGAAGUUCCCCAUUCCCAGCCACAUGAGUGACCUGGGAGACGUGGAGGAGGACUCGUCCCCGGCGCAGAAGCCAGGCAAGCUCUCCGACAUGUACCCCUCCACGGUGCCCAGCGUGGACAGUGCUGUAGACUCAUGGGAUGGGUCUGGAAUAGACACCGGCUAUGGGAAUCAAGGCGCUGGCUUUCAGGCCCCAGCAUACAAUUUCAACACCUAUGACUGGAGGAGUCCGAAACAGAGAGGCAGUUUGUCCCCAGUGUCUAAGCCUCGGAGCCAGACUUACCCAGAUGUGGGGCUGAGUAACGAAGACUGGGACCGGUCCACAGCCAGUGGUUUUGCAGGGGCUUCCGACAGUGCAGAGGCCGAACAAGAGGAGAACUUCUGGUCUCAAGCGCUGGAGGAUUUGGAAACCUGUGGACAAUCAGGAAUUCUCAGAGAACUGGAGGAGAAAGCUGACAGGCGUGUGUCUUUGAGAAACAUGACUCUCUUGGCAACAAUCAUGUCGGGGAGCACGAUGAGUUUGAAUCAUGAGGCUCCAACACCUCGCAGUCAGCUGGGGCGACAGGCCAGCUUCCAGGAACGGAGCAGCCCGCGACCACACUAUAGCCAAACAACGCGGAGCAACACCCUGCCCUCAGAUGUGGGCAGGAAGUCCGUGACCCUGAGAAAAAUGAAACAAGAAAUAAAGGAGAUCAUGUCCCCGACUCCUGUGGAGCUGCACAAGGUGACUUUGUACAAGGACUCUGACAUGGAGGACUUCGGGUUCAGUGUGGCAGAUGGCUUGCUGGAGAAAGGAGUAUAUGUUAAAAAUAUUCGCCCGGCCGGCCCAGGAGAUCUUGGUGGCUUAAAGCCCUAUGACAGGCUCUUACAGGUUAAUCACGUCCGAACAAGAGACUUUGACUGCUGCCUAGUUGUGCCCCUCAUAGCAGAAUCCGGUAACAAGCUGGACCUGGUUAUUAGCAGAAACCCACUGGCUUCACAGAAGUCUAUAGAACAACAGCCUCUACCAGGAGACUGGAGUGAACAGAAUAGUGCUUUUUUCCAGCAGCCUAGCCACGGUGGUAAUUUGGAGACACGAGAACCCACUAAUACAUUAUAGCAAAGCUUUUUAUA